AGGAUUCAGCCGCCGGCUCCUCCGGAAGACCAGGGGUCGACGGGGCGGUGGCGGGGUCGUGCCGAGUGGGAGGGGUCGGGUCUGCCCAAUGGGUUCUCCCGGGCGGGGGGCGGGGCUCUAUUUCAGCAGCUCUCAGGGCCUUAGGCUCAUCCCGAGUCCCGGGCUCAGUAUGUGGCGCCUUCCCCGCGCGCUGUGUGUGCACGCUCCAAAGACCUGCAAGCUCCCUGGACCUUGGAGCAGGCCUGCCGCUUUCAUGUCCACUCUCCUCAUCAAUCAGCCCCAGUAUGCGUGGCUGAAAGAGCUGGGUCUCCGCGAGGAAAACGAGGGCGUGUAUAAUGGAAGCUGGGGAGGCCGGGGAGAGGUUAUUACGACCUAUUGCCCUGCUAACAACGAGCCAAUAGCAAGAGUCCGACAGGCCAGUGUGGCAGACUAUGAAGAAACUGUAAAGAAAGCAAGAGAAGCAUGGAAAAUCUGGACAGAUAUUCCUGCUCCAAAACGAGGAGAAAUAGUAAGACAGAUUGGCGAUGCCUUGCGGGAGAAGAUCCAAGUACUAGGAAGCUUGGUGUCUUUGGAGAUGGGGAAAAUCUUAGUGGAAGGUGUGGGUGAAGUUCAGGAGUAUGUGGAUAUCUGUGACUAUGCUGUUGGUUUAUCAAGGAUGAUUGGAGGACCUAUCUUGCCUUCUGAAAGACCUGGUCAUGCGCUGAUUGAGCAGUGGAAUCCUGUAGGCCUGGUUGGAAUCAUCACGGCAUUCAAUUUCCCUGUGGCAGUGUAUGGCUGGAACAACGCCAUUGCCAUGAUCUGUGGAAAUGUCUGCCUCUGGAAAGGAGCUCCAACCACUUCCCUCAUUAGUGUGGCUGUCACAAAGAUAAUAGCCAAGGUUCUGGAGGACAACAAGCUGCCUGGUGCAAUUUGUUCCUUGACUUGUGGUGGAGCAGAUAUUGGCACAGCAAUGGCCAAAGAUGAACGAGUGAACCUGCUGUCCUUCACCGGGAGCACUCAGGUGGGAAAACAGGUGGCCCUGAUGGUGCAGGAGAGGUUUGGGAGAAGUUUGUUGGAACUUGGAGGAAACAAUGCCAUUAUUGCCUUUGAAGAUGCUGACCUCAGCUUAGUUGUUCCAUCAGCUCUCUUCGCUGCUGUGGGAACAGCUGGCCAGAGGUGUACCACUGCUAGGCGACUGUUUGUACAUGAAAGCAUCCAUGAUGAGGUUGUAAACAGACUUAAAAAGGCCUAUGCACAGGUCCGAGUUGGGAACCCAUGGGACCCUAAUGUUCUCUAUGGGCCACUCCACACCAAGCAGGCAGUGAGCAUGUUUCUUGGAGCAGUGGAAGAAGCAAAGAAAGAAGGUGGCACAGUGGUCUUUGGGGGCAAGGUUAUGGAUCGCCCUGGAAAUUACGUAGAACCGACAAUUGUGACAGGUCUUGCCCACGAUGCGUCCAUUGCACACACAGAGACUUUUGCUCCGAUUCUCUAUGUCUUUAAAUUCAAGAAUGAAGAAGAGGUCUUUGCAUGGAAUAAUGAAGUAAAACAGGGACUUUCAAGUAGCAUCUUCACCAAAGAUCUGGGCAGAAUCUUUCGCUGGCUUGGACCUAAGGGAUCAGACUGUGGCAUUGUAAAUGUCAACAUUCCAACGAGUGGGGCUGAGAUUGGAGGUGCCUUUGGAGGAGAAAAGCACACUGGUGGUGGCAGGGAGUCUGGCAGUGAUGCCUGGAAACAGUACAUGAGAAGGUCUACUUGUACUAUCAACUACAGUAAAGACCUUCCUCUGGCCCAAGGAAUCAAGUUUCAGUAAAGGUGUUUUAGAUGAACAUCCCUUAAUUUGAGGUGUUCCGGCAGCUGUUUUUGAAGAAGACAAAAUUAAAGUUUUCCCUGAAUAAAUGCAUUAUUAUGACUGUGACAGUGACUAAUCCCCCUAUGACCCCAAAGCCCUGAUUAAAUCAAGAGACUCCUUUUUUAAAAAUCAAAAUAAAAUUGUUACAACAUAGCCAUAUUUACUAAAA